AUGGAAAAGGCACUCAGCAUUUGGAUUGAUGAUUGCUGUCAAAAAAGAAUUCCAUUAGAUGGCAAUAUCAUCAAACAAAAAGCACUAAAAAUUUACAAACAUCUUAAAGAACAAAGAAAAUCCUCUGUCAACCCAGAUUUUGUGGCAAAUCAUGAAGCCGCUAGGACGUAUCCAGAAAAAGUUCAAAACAUUAUAGAAGAGCAAGGAUACACAGCAGAUAAAGGGGCUUUGGUGUCUAAAGAUCGUCUAACGCUCCUUUCGUGCAGUAAUGCAUCGGGGGUCUUUAUGUCAAAACCCUUGUUAGUUUAUAGAUCUUUAAAUCCUCGUGCACUUAAAGGCGUAAAUAGAAACACCUUACUGGUAUAUUGGAAAGCAAAUCCAAGAGCUUGGGUAACUGGAAAUUUAUUUAAAGAUUGGUUCUUAAAUUGUUUUGUGCCAAACGUUGAACGUUAUUUAAGACAGAAAAAUUUGAGCUUCAAGGCGCUAUUACUAUUAGAUAAUGCUCCAUGUCACCCACAACAUUUGAAUCAUCCCAACGUCAAAAUACUGUUCCUACCACCUAACACUACUUCGUUGCUCCAACCAUUGGUUCAAGGUAUUAUUUAUACCUUUAAAACGUAUUACAUAAGAAGAGCAUUACAGUGGAUUUUAGACGUAACCGAUUCAAAAUCAAUUAAUGUAAUGGAAGCUUGGGAGAAGUUUUCAAUCAAGCACUGUAUCGACAUCAUAUCUUUGUCGCUGAAAGAACUGAAAACAUCAGCAUUAAAUGCGUGUUGGAAGAAGAUAUGGCCCUUUUCAGUUGAAAUAGAAAACGUGCGUGAAUCGUCAGAAAAUGAAAUUGGUGGCAUGUUAGAACUUUCUAAAUCAAUCGGAGGCGAAG